GCCGCGUGGCCUCGGUCCUGUCCCCUGGCCCCCCCUGCACCGCAUUGCUGUUGUGGAGCAGGAUUGGGGCGCUGCUUUUUUGGUUUUCUUUGCCUCUGUAGCUUCGCUUUCCACUUCAUUUUGUGUUCAGAUCUGCGGGGGGCACUGCUGGAUGUUAAUGAGGGUGACGAGGCUGCUUGGGGAGGUUGGUGCCGGUGUUUGCGCCUUGCUUGCGCCACCCUGGGAGCUUCUGUCGCCCUCAGGUUGCCCACGGCCUGUACGUCCCCUGUCCAGUUGCCCACAUUUGCUGCGCUUUUCGGGACUCUUCCCUGGGACUUGCUUGCCUUUUACCUGCAGCUCCUGGGGCGACCACCUCUCUCUUUCCUGCUCUUCUUGGGGACUGUGGCAGAAUACCAUCUCCUCUCUCCCCAGCCUCCACUAUGUGACAAUUUGGUUGCCGUGGUCACUGCAGAGGGCAGACAGGGCUGGCCCCCAUUGGCUCCAGGGGACCCUGAGCUGUAAUCUGAGCUGGAUGCAUUCCCGAGGGAGGGGGACCUGCUCCCUCUGCCUGCGUGACUGGCAUCACACCCCUGGGUGAGGGGGCCUAAACUCCCAGUUGUUGCAAGCAAUGCCAACCUGACUGGGAGGGGGCUACAGACCCUGCCAGUCUACCCGGCAACCAGUGAGGCAUUUCAGAUUGGUUGGCUGGCAGCCAGCAGCUGCUGGCCUCCAUUGGACCCGGUAAAUGAGGUUGUAAGGCCUAUACAAGUUAAGGACUGCCCAGGAGGCAGGGCACCAGCCAUGAUGAGAACUCGAGGAUAGUAGCUGGACCAGCUGAAACUCGCUCUCUCUUGAGACUCAUGGUCAAGCAGCUGCCUGCCUCCGGAGGCAAUCUCCACCUGCCUCUGGAUGAUACUCUCCAUGGAGACUAGAUACUGCUGAGAGUGAGGCCUCUCCUGGCGGAGGAAACGGAGGCGGCGCUGGAGCCCCUGCCACCCGCGGACCUUCCCUGCGCAGCCCUGGAGCAGCCGGGGGUGACGAUGGAGGAGCAGCUCCCAGGAGGUCCCCAGACAGGAGCGGACAGGGCAGGACAAAUCCCUUGUGUGGCCCAUGCUGGGAUCAGGCGCCUAUCCCUGAGAUGGUCGGCCCCACAGGAAGUUGAGCAGGGGCUCGAGGAGGAGCUGGGCCAGCACCAGGAGAUGCGGGGGCAGGAGGUCACGGUGAGCGUGAAGGUCAAGGAGGUGGCCUCAGACAGGAUGCAGCCCUCUGGGGCGCUGCAGCAGCCUGGUGAUCCCUGGUCGGAGCAGGCACGGGCCCAAACUAUGGACGUGCCUCUGGAGGAGGCAGCACAAUGGGACAGCCCAGGGCCUCGGGACCAGCUACCUCGUGGCCCCAGAGAAGAGCUGAUGCCAGGCCCAGAGUCAGCUGCAGGAACCGUGAGCAGAGCUCAUCAGCAGCCUCCUCCAGAAGGGGAUGCAAACCUGGAGCUGCCAAGGACUACCUCGGGGAGGCUGGGGGAGAGAGGCUCCCUGACCCUUGAACCGAGCCAAGUGCAGCAGGGGCAGGGGAGGCUGGUAAAGCAGGCAGAGAGCGCAGAGCUCCCGGAGGCCUUUGAGGACGUGGCUGUGUAUUUCACACGGGAGGAGUGGGAGCUGCUGGAAGACGCACAGAAGGGGCUUUACCGGGACCAGAUGCUGAGGAACUGGCGAGCCCUCGUUUCCCUGGGAGGCACCUGGCUGCUGUGCAGAGCUGAGAAACACAGUCUGGAAGAAGGGCCUGCAAACCUGGAGCCACCCUGGACUUCCCCCAGGGAUUUGGCUGAGAUGGAGUCCCUGAGACCUGAGGAAGACCAAUGGCUCCAGAGCCAGGGGAGACCCCAAAAGCUGAGGGAGAACAUAGCAGUGAAACAGGUGCCAUCUUCCCCUGGGCAUGAGAAUAGAGAAAGCAGAGAGUCCAGAGAGAGCGCUGGGCCCAGGGAAGGAUUUGUGGAGCUGAAGAGCCAUAAGGCUCUGCCACCCGGGUGCCGUGAGUGUGGGAAGAACUUCACCCGCUCCUCCAGCCUGGCUGAGCACCAGGGCAUCUAUACCGGGGAGAAGCCAUACCAGUGCUCUGAAUGUGGGAAGAGCUUCAGUCGUUCCUCCUAUCUGAUGCGACAUCAGCGCAUCCAUACCAAGGAGAAGCCAUAUCAGUGCCUUGAAUGUGGGAAGAGAUUCAAGGAUUCGUCCUACCUGGCCCAGCAGCAACAUAUCCACACAGGAGAGAAACCACAUCGUUGCUCUGUGUGCGGAAAGAGCUUCACCAUUUCAUCCUACCUGGCCAAGCACCAACACAUCCACACUGGGGAGAAGGCACAUCACUGCUCUGUGUGUGGGAAGAGCUUCACCUAUCCCUCCCGUCUAGCACAACACCAAUAUAUCCACACAGGAGAGAAGCUACAUCAGUGCUCUGUGUGUGGGAAGAGAGAGUUAUCACAUCAGUGCCCUGAGUGUGGGAAGACCUUCCCUUUUUCAUCCCACCUGGCCCAGCAUCAAUGCAUCCACACAGGGGAGAAGUCACAUCAGUGCUCUGACUCUGACAAGAGGCUCACCCACUCCUUCAACUUGGCCAGACACCAGUGUAUGCACACAGAUGAGAAGCCAAAUCAGUGGUUUGUGUGUGAGAAGAGCUUCACCCAGUCCUGCCACCUGGCCACACACCAGUAG